AUGUCCCCCCCAGACACCACUAGCACAACAACACUUUCGAUCCCUCAACCUUUGAGCCUAGAUCGGCACGUCGACCCUCUCAACACGCCUUGGGUCAUUUCUCCCCACUUCGUCAAAGUUGGACAUCAGACGAUCUCCUACAAGACGAUGACGAAACAAUGGACGGGGAUCGACAUCGAAUUCGUCAGCAAGGAAGGUUUCGUUGCCCAUUUCGAUCUCGACCUCGGUAUCGGUCUCGGUCUCGAUGUCGAUUUAGGCUCCGACGCUGACGAUGAGCGUGAAAGUGAAGAAGGUGACGAUGGACGUUCGUGGGUGAUUUACGAAGAUGGUGAUGAUGAUGAUGAAGAUGAAUUGGAUGAUGUGAAAGAUUUGAUAGAGUUUUUCCAGGCGAGAACGCUGUUAGCAGUUGGGCUAACGGAUGGCAAUACUCUCCCUAGGACUCGAAACGUCAUUGGUCAAUCACAAAUCCCUCCCUCGUUUCCCGGUGCUCCAUGGGGGGCGGGGGCGCGUGACGCAAUGACGAUUGUGUCAUUUCUGCGCAACGUCACCAGUUGGGUUGUGAUGAACCACAGUCGUUCGUGUUGGUGGAUGUCCCCUAUAAUCAUGCCGGGCUCCUGUCGGAACAGUCAUCUACAACUUCUCUGGUACUGUCAGCUUGUUGUCAUCACCUGAACGGAUAACUCGUUCAAACCGGGGUCGAUUAAAUCCCAACUGCUCGUUCUCGCCCCAACUAAUUGCACCGUCUCCAGUUUCCGACAUCGUGUCAUCACAUCAUGUCAUCAUCCCGUCAUCAGCAUUUUUCCAUCCGUUACCAGCUCGCCACCAGACACUAAGUUUGCUCGUGUCGCUUAGGAUCUUGCAUGCAUGCAUCAUCUGACUGAUCAUCUUUUUUUUCUCUCAAAAAAUCGCAUUGCUUCAGCCGUAUAUUACGAUCAUCUCACUGGUCCCCUUCCCCCUCGUCCAACACAUCUCACCCUUUUCCAUCGUGAUUAAUCCAUUGCUCCGAAUCAUCAUUUUCGUAUUUUUUUUUUGGUCAAAAAUUUUUUGGUUUUUUUUUUUACCU